GAAUCAUAACAACUGUCUCAGCAUUUCAAAAUGUGUCCCACUCUAUGGCAUUGAUAAUCACGGGGCGAAAGCUAUAAUACAACUUACAGCCUUCACAUUCGCUCUAGUUUUAUGCAAUGGAUUUGGGAAAUCCUAUUUCGGCCGAAGCCGAAAGCGAAUCUAUCGCGGCUGGAAGCCUGAUGUUCAUAUCGACUCAAAAUUCAGAUGACACUAAGCAUCGCGUCACGAGGCGCCUAGCGCGGUCGCAUGCUGUAAAGCAAGCACUUGAGAAAAAACGAAGACUUCAGCGAGAGUCGAGGGACAAUUUUCGUGUCACGACUUCGAUGGAUAACCCUAAAAGGUCGGUGAGCAAGAGAAGACGUACCGAAAAUUUAGCCCCAUCGUUCUUCUCUCUGUCGGCAGGCACGCUCGAUCCGUUCCAGACUCUUGCGGUAGAUUCUGCAAGAUUGCAGACACUGCUUGGCAACUAUAAAGCUAGACAGGCUCCAGAACCAGUCUUUAGUUAUGCGGAAGAUCUUUCAUACCAGAACUUUCAAUCGGUUUUCCGAACUGGCUUGGUUGAUCCCGCUCUUCUGAACGCAGUUAUGCUCUCGUUUGCAUUAGCGGUAACUGGAGGCUGCAUCAAUGAAGAAUGCCUCGGGUACCUGGGUCAGGCGAUAAGUUAUAUUCGUGAGAAGAUGAGUUCAUUGGAUGAGGCCACUUCGGAAUCGACCAUUGGAACCAUUUUGCUGCUAGCCGGGGUGGAGGCUCGCCUUGGGAUGACGUCUAGGGUCCAACUUCACCUGGGGGCGGUGCUGCAACUCCUUAAAAUCUGCCAGAAGGAGGGUGUAUAUCUCACUGGCGGAAUCAAACGGGCCAUAUUCUGGCAAGACUUGAAUUCCUCAAUUUUAGCAGGGUCUAAGCGUAUAGUCGACCACACGACUUUUGCCGAGCUUCACUGGACAAGAGAUUCGUUCUCGCCAAACUUCUUUCGGCUGUCCAUAGGCUUCCAAAGGUGGUCUCACCUAUUCAGUGAAGAGUUUAUCGAAGUACUUGAAGAUAUACAUGCAUUGCAAUGCAUUCGAGAAAUCCCCCGUUUCACAAAAGGCGACAUGAUAUUAAUGGCACAAAUCAAUAAUCACACGGCAUCUAUCCAAUCCAGGCUUGUCAGCUUGCCGAAUCUCUGUCCUGUUUUAGAGUGUUGUCAUCUUGCGGCAUAUUUAUGCUCGGUUAUGUUAUGCUGCACGGUGUGGUGUGCUUUGGUAAUUCCCUCACAUGUUUCCUCACAAUUACUUCGUAAACUACAACGAGCGAACGACGACCCUAUAUGGGAUGAUCACCCUAAUUUGAUACUUUGGCUUUUAUACAUCGGUGGGGCAUUCGCUCCAGCAGGGAAUGUACGCUCUGGUUAUACCAAACUGCUGCGCUCGAACCACUCUACCAGGUUCGGAAAUUUGUACAAAUCAUGGCCAGAACUGCAUUUAAUCUUGAAGCAAUUUACUUGGUCAGAAAAGGCGUUCAUGUCACCUGUCAAAGCGUUCUGGAAAGAAACUUUAAUCUGAAAUAAUCUAAUACAUAUGUUGGC